AUGAUACUGCUUGUAUGCUUUUCAAUAUUGUCAUAUGUCUACUGUCAAGGAUUUCCUGGUUAUGAAAAUGACCGGGAUUUUCAGGGCUUUGGAGCUCAAAAUAUGAACCCUUAUCCGGGAGUCCAGUAUGGUUACCAGAAUAAUCCCAGACAGAGUUACAGUGAGCGGGAACUCAAGCCUAUGGCUAUGGCUCAAGACAUACAUACAGGCUAUGGCUCAAGACCAAGGCGGCCAAUGAUACCUAUGGGGAAUAAUCAGGUUGCCAGACCAACGGCUAUGAACCCAAGUCCUGGAAGUUUUGACAGUAAAGAUGAUAAGUCACCGAUGGAAAAUUUCCCGGAGGUCAUGAAGAAUUUGCCGAGAGACGGCGUUGUGAUGGUUCCUGUAAUUGAUUAUAGCAUUGAAAGAUUGGGAUUAACGUCCACAGUUCGUCCGGUGAUUACUACUGACGCCCGAACAUUAUUAACAUUAAGACAGAACAUUGAUUUAAAAACAGUCGAUCAAGGGGAUUGGCUUGCAUUUGAAACUGCAUUAGGGGGACGGAAUGAUAGUGAUCGGUGCCGUACAUUUUCAUGCAAUUACGUAAUUAAUGCCAAGUACACGAGAGGUGGCGGUACUUGGGACCAACAUUAUCCUCAGUAUGACGAGAAGAAUAUUAGAAAUCCAAAUCCUAUGUAUGAAUAA